UUAUGCAUACAUCUAUUGAACACAUUGGACUAGGGAGAUCAAAAUUGUCUCAUUUAUUGAGUAUCGAGGAAUUUGGAAGUACUGGUGCCUUACUCCAAAUUGGAUGGAUGUCGAAGUUUCCUUGAUCGACAUGUGUUUAGUAAUAAUGUAAACAUAUUUUGAACCUCCAAGGCUCCAACACACGUACAUUUGGAAUAAAUUGAUUGUUAAUUGAUUAAUGUUAACGGCACAAAAGUCAAAAGUAGAAAGAAUUAUUGCUGCAAAGACAAAUUUAAGCGGAGCUGCCUGUAUGACAAAUUGACAAGAUGUCUACUGGAAGUAGUUUUUCUAGCGCCAACAAUGUCCUCCAGAAGCGAUGGAAUCAGAAGACUUAUCAGAUGCAUGUCGCAAAGAAAAAUGGAAUGAGGACCAAGGUGGAUGCCUCCUCACCCAAGGUGUACCCUCAUCUUCAGGUCAACAUGAAGAAGCUACAGGCGGAGGAAGAGAAGCAAGCUCAGAUCGACCAUGAGAAUCGCAUCUUAUUAGCAAAGCUCACCAACAUCAUCAGAUCAGGCGGUCAAGUCGAUAACUGGAACUUUGAAAGUGAAGCGCAACCCAAAACGUUGCAUGCUCCAUUUAGAAAUAGAGAACAGGAGAGGAUAGAGCGAGAAAAUGCUGCGUUACUCAAACGCCUCAACAGUGUCAAACCACAAGUCAACUUCGACAAGAUGGAGGAUGAAUACCUCAUGCAUAACUACUUCCUAGCUCAGAAGGCCCAAGCUACCAAGAGCUACGAGGUGGAUCUUAGAGGGGUCCAAAAAACAGAUAAAUUUGUCUUCUAUGCCAAGGACAGACAUGCAGACAAAGAGAAAACAUUUGUUGAUGGAGACAUUGAAGAGACGAUAGAAAAGCCAGAAGAAGGAGAAGUCCGGGAAUUGACCUCAUCAGCCAAAGCGGGUGCUUCUAAGAGGUUACCGACCAGGCAGCAACUCAAGAGACGGUCCACAAAACUUCCACUGAUAGGACCGGAGAGGAAAAAAGCAGAGGAAAAGAAAAAGAAGGCUACAGUGGUCAAGAUCGCAACGUAUAACCAGAAAGAGGAAGCUGCUAAACUCUUCAAAGCAACAAAAGGAAUGGGUAAUCCUGAACAAAUCUUGGUUCAGACGUUAGCAAAGCGUCAAUAUCAACAGAGACAAGACACAAUGGAGAAAUUUGAGGAAAAUUAUGGUCUGACGUUGGAGGAGGAGUUAAAGAAUAACUUGAACGCAGAGUACGAUGACAUCGUCGAAGCCCUCUUAUCAACCAGAGAGGAUUUGGAUGCCGUAACGUUACGAAGAGCUCUUAAGGGUGAAGAUUCAUUAGUUGAACCGGUCAUUGAAAUCCUCUGCACGAGAAGUAAUGCGGCCAUUGGUUGUAUUAAAGAGGCAUACAACAAGAAGUUUGGUAUUUCCCUGGAGGAUGACAUUACAGCAGAAAUCAAAGGCAAACUCAAGAACUUAUUCUUGGCUCUUGCAAAGGGUAUUAGAUCAGAAGAUGCAGACGUGGAUGAGGAUGUUGCCCUACAAGAUGCUGAGGCACUCCGGGAUGCAGGAGACGAACGAUGGACUCCUAGGAGCGAGAAGAUGUCCGAGCUUCUCCAGUCGUCCAGUUUGCUUCAUUUCAGGGAGGUCCUCCUGCAGUAUGCUGAACUAUCGGACUCAAGCCUUGCCAAAGAAUUAGGGAAGUCACUCUUUGGAGAUUUCAAAGAUGCAAUGCUCUGUCUAGUGAGGUGUAUGAACAGUAAUACCCAGUUCUUAGCAGAUCGGAUACAUGCAUCUUUAACAGGAGAAGCAGACGACAUGACACUCAUCAGAAUCAUCAUCACACGAUCAGAGCUGGACCUUCCAUACAUCAGGCGGAGUUACAAGAAGAAGUACAAACAGACCCUGAUGGAGGCCAUCGAGCAGAAGUGUCAGGCCUCCUUCAAGACGGCCCUGGUCCAGAUGGUCCAAGUCCACGGAACCUUCCAGAAACAAGACCAACCUAAAGAAGAGGAAUCAGGAGAACCGGAGUCUCAAGAAGCUGAUAAACCCCUUAAACCUUCGCAGCAGAAGCCCCUUAAACGCCCUCCCCCCAACACCGGUGCCAAGGUACCUGCCAGUAACCCCCUGGUUAAGAGUACCGGUACUCUUGGCUCUUCCAACAGACCGGCCCCAGUGGGAGCUAAGCCGAAACAGCCCGCCAAUUCUCCUGGAAACUCUGGAAAGACGAGACAAGCCCCAGGGAUCAGGCCAGGUGGAGGGGCAUCAGCCGUGGCAAAGAAAACUGCCACGCCCCCAAGAAAGGCGACUCCGCCCAAAUCGUCCAAACCCACCAAGGAAACACCCAAAGUACAACCACCAGCCAAGAAAAAGGUUGAAGAGAAACCAGCUGAUGACAAAGAGGACAAGGUGGAACCAUCAAAGACGGAGGGAGAGAAAAAGAAGGAAGAGGAAGAGCAGAAGAGGGAUGAUGAGGAGAAAGAGACUAUUGAGCAAGCUUCCACAGGGGAGGGAAAGGAUGAUAGUGAGGAGAAAGAUGGAGGGGAAAGAGAGGAAAAAUCAGAGGUGGGGUCAGAUGCAGAGAUGAAGUCUGCAAGUGGUACAGAUCCCACAUCGGAGAACAUGUCUACGGAGAGUGAAGAGAAAGGGGAGAUGAAGAGCGAAGAAAGCAAGGAGGAGGAGGAAAGUAAAGUGGAAGAAUAUGGAAAGGAGAUAGAGAUGAAACCCAAAGAAGACGAAAACCAGGAAAUUUCAUCAUGA